AUCAAGCUGUGACUGUCCAGCCCGGAUUGAAGCCCAACGAUUGCAACUUGCGGUCCGCGACCUCCCCUCCUCCGCCCUCCUGUCGCCGGCGUCCGUCGCCCGUCGUCGAUGUCGAGCCCCCGGGAGCGGAGGCUUCCGCCGCCCGCGUUCCGGAUGGAGAACCCCUUCAGCGUGAAGGUGCUGCAGGUCUUCACCGGAUUCGGCGUCGGAUGCGGCGUCGGCAUCGGCGUCGGACGACCCAUCUACCUAGGUAUGAUACCUGGGCUUCAGCAAGUUAUGAGUGCUACAAGAGGAGCCACAGAUACUUUUUCUGGUGUCACAAGGCAUGUCAAUUCCGCGCUAAGGACGGCUGGGUUAAAGAACAUCGAAGCAGGGAUUGGCUGUGGAGUUGGUAUAGGCCAUGGUUUUGGAAUAGGAAUCGCAUUGAAGCCACGAGUGCUUCAUGGAAUUCAGUCAUCUGUUGGGGAGAUUAUGUCCAAAUUGACGUCAAAGUUAAAAGAUACCCCUGAGAUGCCGUCUUCAUCAAAUCCUAUGGCUCAUUCUUUUACUAGCAAUCAACAAACUCAUAAUGGCAUGUCCAUGGAUCUAGAGGCUAAGACUGCAGAAAGUAAUUUGAACCACACUUCAAGUUAUGAAAUGUCAAGAGUACCUACUCAGCCAGAAGCAUUGACUGCAAGUCGAACUGAAAAGGUCAUUGCCAAUUUUCUACAGAGUCCACUGUUCCAGAAUGAUACAAAGAUGGACUUCAGAGAUGCUCCUGGAAAUUUACAUGGAAUGGAUAGUGUACUUCAGUUGGUACUGAAGCACCAAAAAGUUAUUGAGGAACUGCGAGAGGAAAAUGAAAAUCUGCGUCAGAUUCUCAUAGAAGAGCUUAAGGUUUCACCAACCAAAUUACAAAUAGGUCAUAAAACUGGAGUGAAGGCCUACUAUCCAUGCUCAGACUGCUUUGAAUGCCGCCGCAGAAGUCGGAAAACAACCAGAUAGCAGUGGGCAUCGCCUUUCUGCAUUUUAGCAAAAUUUUGAUAGUUUUUUCAGUAGCUUGCAGUACUUGAUUUCAUCCUCUUUGAGAAAAUCCAGAUCAACUCUGAUUGUUCAGUACAGUUGUCAGUAAUGAUAUCCAUUUCAUUAGAACAAUUCUCUUUGAGAAAAUGUAGAUUAACUCUGAUUGUAAAGUACAGUUGCCAGUAAUGAUAUCCAUUAGCUGUGUGUAACGUUUGCUCCUCCAAUUGAUGCAGAACUCAUUGUUCUGAAUGUCUGAAUGUAAGAAGGAUGACACGAUGCUCUUAUCGCUGUUUCUUUACUUGUGCACAAUUGUACUAAUCUUAUAAAUAGAGUCAGGUGUUUAUUCA